AUGGGAAGAAGUGGGCUGUCCUUUCCACAGGAGGUGAUCCCCAUGACCUCCGUGAAACAAGCUCUGCGGGAGGCCAGCGAUGAGUUUGAACUGCGCUACCGGCGGGCAUUCAGUGACCUGACAUUCCAGCUCCACAUCACCCCAGGGACAGCGUAUCAGAGCUUUGAGCAGGUAGUGAAUGAAGUCUUCCGGGAUGGGGUGAACUGGGGUCGCAUCGUGGCCUUUUUCUCCUUCGGUGGGGCACUGUGCGUGGAAAGCGUAGACAAGGAGAUGCAGGUAUUGGUGAGUCGGAUCGCAACUUGGAUGGCUACUUAUCUGAAUGACCACCUAGAGCCUUGGAUCCAGGAGAACAGCGGCUGGGACACUUUCGUGGGACUCUAUGGGAACAAUGCAGCAGCCGAGAGCCGGAAGGGCCAGGAGUGCUUCAACCGCUGGUUCCUGACGGGCAUGACUGUGGCUGGUGUGGUUCUGCUGGGCUCGCUCUUCAGCCGGAAAUGACCAGACACUGACAGCCCUUUCCCCUCAGCGCCCCUCCAUUCCAUCACCAUUGCCACCAGGAGAACCACUACAUGCCACCCUCGCCUGCCCACCCACCACAGGGCAGGGCUUCCACCUGGUCCCCCCACAGUUAACUUUUCUAGAAUAUCCCACGCUUCUGUGAGGGCCACCUUUCCCCACACUUCAGUUUUCCUGCCUCAAAACCUACAGCUUCUCUGUGGAAGCUGCCAGGUGUGGGCAGGUGUUGUGGCCGGGGACAAGAGAGCCCUGCUGCUCGAUAGGCCCCUCAGCCCCUAGCCUCCCAAGACUGCUGUCUGCCAGGGAGCUGGAAAGCUUCCUCACUCUCUUCCCGGAAAGAAAGACUAGAUUGCCUCCUUGUGAUGUCUGUGGCCUCGGAACUGACCAUUUCCCUCGCCCCCCUGGGCCGGGGCUUCCCUCCCUCCCAUCUCCUACCCCCUCAGGCUAUGUAGGGCUACAAACUGGGUGAGUUAGAAAGUCAGGCUGCUUGGGAUAAAGCAACAAAAGAUCAGGCCCCACCUCUGGCCUGGCCAACACCCUGACUCCCAUCCAUGGGCCUCCCAAGAUGGAAGCUGUCACCGCAGGAGGCACCCCAGGCCAGAGCAAGGGUGGCCCUCGCAGCUUAGCACCACGCCAGGCCCUUCCUCUCCUCUGGCUCCCAUGAGCAUGACUGAGGGACCAACUGGGCCCUGGACAGGUGCCCCAGAGCUGUUUACGG